GCCCGCCAGAGAAGGAUAUACCAUUCAAAGAUCCCAGUCGAUCGCAGGAGUCCAUAGAUUUGAACCAUCCACCUCGUGAGAACUGGAGCAACAACAUCCAGUUCGUUCUGACCACGGUUGGCUAUGCCGUGGACCUGUCCAAUGUGUGGCGUUUUCCUUUCCUGUGUUAUAAGAAUGGAGGUGGGGCGUUUCUCAUUCCAUAUUUCACCACAUUGAUAUUUGGGGCCAUGCCAGUCUUCUUCAUGGAAAUGUGCCUGGGACAGUUCCACAGGUGUGGCCCUACCGCCAUCUGGGACAAGAUGUCGCCCAUGUUUAAAGGUAUCGGGAUGGCCUCCUGUUUCAUGUCGUACGUCGUUGGAUUCUACUACAACGUCAUCAUUGCCUGGAGCUUCUUCUACCUCUUCGCCUCGUUCACAACCAAGCUGCCAUGGACAACAUGCUUCAACAACUUCAACAGUGACAAUUGCUGGCGGGGCAUGCUGGAGCUCCAACACAGUCAGGGGCUGGAUGACCUAGGAGUGGUCAAAUGGCAGCUGGCUCUGUAUACCUUGCUAACAUUCAUCCUCCUCUAUUUCUGUCUAUGGAAGGGCGUCAAGAGCACAGGCAAGGUGGUCUAUGUGACAGCCACGCUUCCCUACCUCAUCAUGACCAUUCUGUUAAUAAGGGGCGUGUUACUCCCGGGGGCAGGGGAAGGCAUUCGCUACUUCUUCACACCAAAGAUCGACAGUUUACAGAGGCCAAAGGUGUGGAUCGACGCGGCUGUGCAGAUUUUCUUUUCCAUCGGCACCGGCUUCGGAACACAUAUCACCUUUUCCAGCUACAAUAAGUUCCACAGUAAUUGUAAACGCGAUUGUAUAGUGACUAUAGCAGUCAAUUCGUUCACUAGUAUAUUCAGUGGCAUGGUGAUCUUCUCUUACCUGGGCUACAUGUCCCUGAGGACACAGAAAGACAUCGACAAAGUGGCCACGGAGGGUCCUGGUCUGGUGUUUGUCGUCUACCCAGAAGCCAUCGCUACCCUGCCAGGUUCCAUGUUCUGGGCCGUUCUGUUCUUCUUCAUGCUGCUGGCUCUGGGACUGGACAGUGCGUUUGGUGGCCUGGAAUCGCCGUUAACUGGUAUCAGAGAUGAACUAUCGGAACUACAGAAGUGUCGAUACUUCCGUGAAGUGAUGACAUUGAUAAUUAUUGUAUCGGCUUUCCUAUUUGCCAUUCCCUGUGUGCUACAGGGCGGUAUCUACGUCUUCACCAUCUUGGAUACCUUUGCUGCGGGAACUUCCAUUGUCUUCAUUGUCUUGUGUGAGGUUGUUGCCGUGUCCUGGUUUUAUGGUCUACCACAGUUCUGCGCAGACGUCGAGAAGAUGAUUGGAGAAAAGCCUAGCUUGUUCUGGAGAGUCUGUUGGAAGUUUGUCUGCCCGUUCCUUCUUAUAGUGGUGGUAGCUUCCAGCAUUAUCUCCUACCAACCUUUGACCUACAGGUCAUCGCAGGGCAUAUAUACAUACCCGUACUACGCCAACAUCAUCGGCUGGUGCAUCGCAUGCACCUCCAUGUUCAUGGUGCCAGGUUACAUCGUCUACCGGUUAUUGAGGAACACGGGUUCCUGCUCUCAG